GACAUUUCUGAAUCCACUCCCGGUAAGAAGACAUUUCUGAAUCCACUCCCGUCCCUGAAUGCAGCAAACAAGGUGAUAGUAAUUACAGGUGUGUGGAAAGUUCGACGAGCCCAAACGCCGUGACUUCUGCUCAUGGGACCAGCCUACCUGAAGUCUACCUGAAGUUCACGGAUAACUUCCUCAACCAGCUCACCUUAAAGCUCUACAAUAUCUCCUGCUCACUACCUGAGAAGUCUAUAAGUGGGCGUCCAUCCUCCAAUGAUGCGUACAGACCACAAAGGCAGAAGCGCCUCUCCUCACAGGAUCACAUACGAGACUGACUUCCAUGCCAUUAAAUGCUCCUUUGACAGCGGGACCAGCCUGAAGCAUGGCUCCAAAGCUGCCCCUGCCCAGUGUUCUGACCUGCGCCAGUCCGCACUACCAACCAGUUUCUCCGAUCCCCUUGUGUGCGGCCGACCAAGAACCCACAGCAGCAGAGGGACUAAAAUCCGAGACAACAUCUUCCUCCAAAUGGACAGCCAACAGUCGAAACAAGAUGGUGGCUCGGUGCAGUGUAGUUCCGGCUCUACAACCGCCCUCCUUUCGCCGCAGAGUCCAAGCCUGCAGCUCCAAACGUCACCUUUUUCUGCCUGCAGACGUCCGGUCAUGGGUUCUGUUUCCAGCAUUAGCACACCUGAAGCCUUCUUGCAAGAUAAAGCAGCCAGAUCAGAGGAGAUGAGGGAUAUAGACAGAGCUGCCCUGGCCCAAAAGUUCUCUGUCACCAGGAAGUUGUUUGAGACCAAGGUUUUCACCGGCGCUGCUCCGGCUCAGGUGUCCAGAUGUAGUCUGAGCAAAGAAAAAGAGAGCUUGGUUCAAGACAAACUCACUAUAAAUAUGUGCAUUCCAACAACAGACCCUAAAUCUCUUACGUCCGAUCUCCUCGGUGGGUCUCCUCCCUGUGUAGGCUCAAAAAGUCAACGAGAAGAAGAGGCCAAAGAAGUGAUUGUGGAGCCUUGCUUGAACCCUGAGGAGCCACUCAGGGCUGAGCUUGUCCACGUGAAGUCCUCGGAUAGCGAUGAAAGCGAGGAAAAGGAGAAGGAAUGGGUGGCGUUUAAAAGUGAUGAGCUCAUGGGGGCAAACGUUGAAGAGCUGGUGGAUGAGGUUUUUGAAGAGCCCAGUGUGGAGACGGUGGGACUAAACGCGGGGGACUGUCCUGAGAUGGCUGACAAGUACGAGCAAGUGAGCGAACAAUGUCGUGAGACUGAAAGGGAGGAGCUGAGCCAACAUGCUGACGAGCCAAGAGAGGAGCUCUCAGAGAUGGGUGAAGUCCAGAGCCAAGGGUCUACAAAGGCCGGGAAGGCGACACCUGAGUUGCAGGAAUGUGCCAACAUGGAGCAGAAGGUAUUGGGAGAAGAUGACGUUGGAAAGGUUGAGGGAGGCAGGGAGGUCAAAUGUCAUGUAACAUCUCCGCUGCAAGGUGUGGACACUUCUUUGCUUUCAUUGGAAUACGAAGAAAUUCCCGGCAUUCCUCAACUGCCUGAUGAUGAUGAUGGAGACGCAGCAGAGACCUCAAGUCCAAAAGUCCGCUUCUCAUCAGCACCGAUCAAGGUGUACAACACCUACUCCAACGCCGACUACCACCGACACAAUGAAGACAUCGACCCGGUGUCCGCCUCGGCCGAGUACGAGCUGGAGAAGCGAGUGGACAAGAUGGAUGUUUUUGAAGUGGAAAUAAAAAAGGGAGACGAUGGCCUGGGUAUCAGUAUCAUAGGGAUGGGAGUAGGAGCGGACCAGGGCCUGGAAAAACUAGGAAUCUUUGUCAAGACUGUCACUGAAGGAGGCCAAACACACAAAGAUGGCAGGAUCCAGGUCAAUGACCAGAUCGUGGAGGUGGAUGGAGUCAGUUUGGUGGGCGUGUCGCAGCUGUUUGCAUCCACGGUGCUGAAGAACACGUCAGGCUUGGUCAAGUUUCUGAUUGGCCGAGACAAGGAGGGGGUGGAGAGUGAGGUUGCACGCUUAGUCAAUGAAAGCCUGGAAUUGGAGAAGGCAACGCAAAAGGAAAAGAAUGCAACAAGCAAGGAGUCCGAAAGUGAUGAUUGUGUGUCUGAGGAAGAGGAUGAAGAUGAGGAGAAUACGUUGUUACUUUCUUGUUCUGAUGGCGACCAGGUGUGCCUCAAAUACCGAAAGCUCGGCUCCAGACGGCGAAGUCGAGCAGCCCAGCUCCAACACGCCAGAGAGAAGUUGAAAGCUUAUGAGGAGCAGCAGGCGAGCUGGGAGAGCCAGAAGGCUGAGCUGGAACAAAAAGUGGAGGAUGCAGAAGAGAAGGCUGACAAGCUAGAAAAGUACUGGCAGGAGGCCCAGACUCUGUGCAGGCUGGUCAGUCAGCGCCUGGCGGACGCCCAGAGCCAGUCAGACGGCCUGGAGGUGAAGUACUGCAAGGCCAAGAGACUUCUGCGAGACUACCAGAGCAGGGAGGAGGAGGCGCAGAGGAGGGAGGCAGACUUGUGUCAGGAACUAGAGGAGCACAGGGAGACCAUAGGAAGACUUCAAGCUCAGCUGGAAGGGAAAGAGCCGCAGUCCGGAGGGCAGAGUCUGGCCUCAGAUCCAGACUGGCACGUGGCGGUCCCUGGCACCCAGCGACUGGACUGCAGCGCUCACAUAGCUCGAGGUCAGCUGGCUCAGAAGUCCCGGCGCCACCCGCCCUCCCGUGACAAGCUGAGGGAGAGCUUGAAGAAGGAGGAUGGAGGUCAAGAGUCACCAUCGCAGGCGGAGGUGCCAAGCCAGGACGUGACCCCGACCAUCUACGUCACUGACACCAGCAGCCCCCCCCACACCAAGUCGUCCUCAUCCAGGAAGUCCAAGAGGAAGAUUCCUGACUUCAGCGGUCUGCGUAAGUCUCUGGGCAAGAUGAAGACCCAGAACGGGCGCACAAGGGCGUCUUGUGGCCACCUGGCGCAGGUGCCCUCCCAAGUGUCUCCAUCAGGCUCCGCCUCCUCCAUGCCCUCCUGCUUGCCCUUCACCUGGUUUGGGGAGCGUGGAAGAGAGAAAGAAGAGGAGGGCGAGAGAGGCGUCGGGUGGAAGCUGCGCUCCAUGUCCAGCAGCAGUCUGCCUUACCUGACCACCUCAGGGCGAGGAGAUCAGAGUGUUGGCUUCAGCUGGAAGGGGCGUGGCUCUAAUCACUGGAAGGGGCGUGGCUCUAAUCACUGGGAGGGGUGUGGCUCUAAUCACUGGGAGGGGCGUGGCUCUAAUCACUCGCUUUCUGGACACUCUCUGACUUUCACCUUGUCUUCCUCAGAGACUCUGGACCAGGUGGAGGAGGACCAGCCGUGGCAGAGUGGAGCGGUGUCUGAGUGGAGCAGCCAUCACGUGAGUCUGUGGCUGGCGGCCGCCAACAUGGAGGCAUGUGUGGCCCACCUCUCAGCUGCAGGAGUGGACGGCACACAGCUGCUGGCCAUGGACAAGGACAAACUCAAGGCGCUGGGCGUGAGUCAAAGUGAGCGCUGUGCCCUGAAGAAGAAGCUGAAGGAGCUGAAGAAGAGAGAUGAGAAGGAAGAGAAGGUGAGACGUAAGGAGAGAGCCAAGAAGGAGAAAGCCUGCUUGAUGAUGGACAACAUGAAGAGGCCACACACUGACACACUUCCUAGGACCGAGUCUCUGCUCUAGAACUUUCUCUUGGACCUUCACCAGCAUCUUACCUCUUUUUUUAUACUUCUUUUAAAUUAUAUCUUUUAAUAAAUAAUCAUUUCAAAUUU